AUGUCCGGACGAGAUAUUCUUCGAGGCAGACGAGACGGCUUUCUUGGGUCGUGGAGAAGAGGGCCGGAGGGGGUCUUCGACGAUAAAAAUGCGGCUCCUUUAUAUCUAGAGGAAAUUAGUGAUAUGUCAGGAAGAGGAUAUGGAGGUCUUGGGGGGGACCCUUACACGAACGGAAAUUCUGCUGGAUAUGCAAAUGGGAAUGGAUACGGAAAUGGCAGCCGGAAUGGAAGUGCAAAUGUAAAUGCAAAUGCAAACGCAAGUGGCUAUCCAGGACAAAUCACUGAAGAUGGAGACUACGAUCCCUAUGGCACUGGCACUGAUCGAUAUGCCACUCCAUCUCCACGACAGGAAGACCUUCGAACACCAUCCCCUUCCAUGCCCCGAACUCCUCGAUCGAGAGGUGUUUCACGACCGAGAGAAGCGGUGGGUAGGCCGAGAAUAGAGGAAACUAAUGCGGAGAAACAGAUUGGGGAGGUGUUGGAACAUAUCAAGACGGAGUGGCCUGCAUUAUGCCAAAAUGAAAGUGUGCCAGUGCAAUUGGCAUUACAGCUUUUAGACACGAGUUCGGUUGGUAAAGCGCAUGAAUAUGCCCAAUUUGAACAAUCGAUGCAAUAUCUGCAAGAUUCUCUGAAGAACAUCGUACAUGAACAUCAUCAGGGAUUUAAUAGUUCGAUUGGUACAUUUCAUAAAAUCCAAACGAGUAUACAGACGUCGCAGAAGAGGGUACGAACAUUGAAGGAUUCGCUCGCGCAAUCGAAAGCCAACCUCUCGACCACGGACCCGGAGUUGAGGAAGUUGGGCGCGGCGUCGACGAUUUAUGAUGAAUUAUUACAUACGCUCUCGGAGGUGGAGGAAUUACGACUGGUUCCGGAUCAAUUGGAAGCGCGGAUUUCGGAGAAGAGCUUCUUGACUGCGGUGGAUGUCUUGCAGGAUGCGUUGAGGAGGAUUCGAUCACCGGAGUUGGAUGAUAUUGGGGCGUUGAGUGAACUGAGGACGUAUCUUGCGAAUCAGGAAACGGCUUUGACGGAUAUUUUGAUUGAGGAACUUCAUGAUCAUUUGUAUUUGAAGUCUCCUUAUUGUCAGGAGAGAUGGCAGAUGUUGGCUAAGACUCAAGGCGGUAUCGCGAAGGAAAAGUUCGAGAACACAAAUGGAGUGAGGCCGUUUUUCGAAGUUCUUGAUACGAUGGAUUUGGCGGAGGUCAUGGUGGAGGAUGCCUCGAGAAAUCCCGAGGCUGAUACAUUUUAUUAUGUGGAAUUAUUGACAGAGGCAUUGAAUAAGCUCGGUCGUCUGGAGAUCGCUGUUAAUACCAUCAAACAGAGACUUCCAGUCGAGCUAUUUGGUAUCGUCAACGAGACUAACAGCGAAGUCGAUCAGAAGCAUCCAAGCUCUUUACGUGGUGGGCUCGCCUCCACACAAGGAAAUCAAACAUUCUCUAGUCGUGAGAAUGCUAUUCGCGCAGAUGUUAUUUACGAUCUACUAUGGACAUUAUACGCAAAGUUUGAAGCUAUUGCAGAAGGUCAUCGUGUCUUUCAUGAUGUGGUAAAAGCUAUCACAAGAAGGGAAGGCAUGAGAAAUUCUGUUAUACUUCUGGGUGGCUUCAGGGAGCUUUGGAAUCUAUAUCAGAAUGAGAUUCGCUCUCUGUUGCACAAUUAUGUGACUACAGAUGCGGAUGUCUAUCAAUUUGAUUCUCCUCGACCUGGUGCUUCAAAGUCGUCUAAACGCGAGAAGCUAUUUAAAUUUUCAGAUGCAGAUGCUAAGUCUAGGCGUAUGACAUCCGAGUAUGAUGAUCUGGAAAUUAUUAUCAGGGCUGCUGUGCCGGGUCUUAUGUCUAGCUCGAGAAAAUCGGGGGCCGACAGUAAGAAGGCGAAGUCUUUCUUAGAGAGCUCGGUGGGAAGGAACGGCGCAAAACGAUUGACUGGUUCCGCUUUUGAUGCUAAAAAUGGUGGAAUGGGCACGCAUAAGUCUUUGGUAGAGCCGAGUGUGUUUAAUAUGAGCUUGUUGUUACCUCCUACAUUGAGCUUUUUACAAAGGUUGAAGGCAAUUGUCCCACCUGGCUCGGAUAUAGUCACAAGCACGUUGACAUCUUUCUUGGAUAACUUCCUUGUUAAUGUCUUUCUACCUCAACUUGAUGAAACCCUUGGUAAGCUUAGUGAUUCGGUAUUUGAGGAGACAGAUGCAUUCCAACAAGAUGCUCAAUGGGCAAGAGUUUCGAGAAGACCUGUCUUCAAAGGCACAGCUGCUUUCUUCACUUUAAUUACGGCAUUCUGCAGGAUGUUGGAUACGAUUCCUCAUGAUCAAGCAUUGAGUCAACUCAUCAUCACGCAAAUGAUGAGAUAUUAUGAUAGAUGCUACGAUUGGUUCAAAUCACUCGUAUCUCGGGUUAGGGAUUCCGAGGGUUCAACGUUAAAGUUGUCUGCAUUGCUUGCUAGUGAGCCUGGUGAUAUCCACGAUACUAUGCAGAAACUGUGGACAAGUGAUGAAGUCGAUCAUCAAUUAUUGGAAAAAGAAACAGGUCUUUUGAUUCUACAGACAAAUGAGAAUCCUCUUGAGGUGGAUGAUAUCAUCUCAGAUCGUGAAACUAUUUCAUCUCUUUGUGUUUUAUACACUAGUAUGAAGUGGUUAGCUAUCAAGAUCGGACAGCUGAGACACAUCACGAGGAUUGAUGCAGAUUCCUCUCGUACGCAAUCGAUGCAGAAACCACCUCAUAGACGUUGGACUCUACUGAAUGAUCCAGCUAGAGUCCAGGACGAACAGGGUGUUUAUCUUCCUAUGACGCAAGAAACUGUUGUCGCAUUCGAUUCAAUUGUUUCCUCGUACCAAGAACUAGCCGCUACCGUCCUCCUCACCCUUCACAUGGAAACUCGCAUUCAAAUCCUACACUCCUUAACACGUGUUCUUUCUCCCUCCUCAGGCUCACAUCCUUUCCCAUAUGUUCUCUCUCAACCCGUAUCAGAUCCAGAUGCGACGGUGUUAUCACUCAAUGCGGAUUUGGUAGCCUAUGACGAAACGAUCGUGAAAUUUCUGGGAGAAAAAGAGAUUAAUUUCGUGAGGAUAGGGUUGGGAUUGCUGAUUGAUACUUUUAUGGUUGAUAAUGCGAGCAAUAUACAGAGGAUUAACAAAGAGGGCGGGAGAAGAAUGAGGUUAAAUGUACUUGUGCUGCAGCAAAAUUUGAAGGGGAUAGAGGAUGGGGUGGGAUUGACGAGGAGUGGGAAGUAUUGGGGUUUGUUUGAGGAGGGGCCGGAUGGGGCUGUGGGGUGGGCGAGGGAGAGUGGUGGUGCUGGUGGAGGUGGAGGUGGAGGUGGAGGUGGAGGUGGAGGUGGAGGUAGCAAUGAAGCGGGUGCGGAUGAGGAGGAGGUGAAGUUCAAUUAUGAUGAAUUGAAGGGGUUGGUGGAGUUGUGCUUUAGUGAACAAUUGGGGAGUAAUGAGAGGGGAAUUACGACGGUGGCGAAGAGGGGGAUGGGCGAGUGUAUGUUGCAGUUGAGUGAGUAUAUGUGGCAGAGUUAG